GUAAAGGCUAAGAGCAGAACUUUUAAUUUUUCAAUCAAUGUAAGCAUGGCCGCAGAGCAACGAGUGUUGAAGCAGGACGGCUAUUUAGAAGUAGGAACUUCGGAAUUUAAUACUGGCCGAGGCAUCUCGUCAAACGCAUCUUCUGCAAAUUCAGCUUCCAGUCGAGAAGUUCAUGAAAUACCGAUCGAAACACGCAAUAUAGUAUAUCAUCCACAUUUAAACGUAAUACUUGUCUUUGACAGCAACAGCCAAGUGAAAGUUCUCGAUGUUCACUCUGGAGUCAUUUUGCAAUCAUAUCAAUUAGCAAACGAUAUUGACUGUAAGCUCUAUGGGCGUUUUAUGCCGCUUCAAGAAAAGAUCCUCAUAACUGAUGGACAGAAUAUAGGAUUCCGUGGCGACUACAACGGAGUGUUAUUGCUUGAUACAAUAUUGCAAUCACCUAUCACUCAGAAUGAUGACAUUGUUCGGCUCGAGAUGUUGCUCUCUGAGGCGGUAAUAUUCCAGGCAUGUCUAAAAGACCUAGAGCAUGAGGGCUUGGAAUGUCCUAAUGACGUAAGCAAUGAGUUGAUGGAGAAAAUCAAGAAUGCACAGACUAAUGCGAAGAAGGGAAUUAAAGCACAGAGGUGGAAUGCAAUAUGUAUGGAAGUGCCAUAUUCAAGUCUAAAACUGGUAGCUAACAACGUGGUUAUUAUAUUGAAACGGCUUGAACGGCACAUACCCGUCUUAGCUAUAGCAUCUGCGAUUAAUGAGCGUCUAACAGACCUGUUAGUUGGAUCACGCAUUCCGGACAUAAACUGGCAUUGUAAUAAUAUUCAACGCGUGUUAAUGCAUUCGGAAGCAGUGCGUAGGCAAACAUUUGAAAAGUGGCCUCAUAUGGAUUAUAAAUGGGCUUUACCAGAUCAGAUGGCUCAGGCGGGAUUUUAUCAUCAACCUUCAUCGUCUGGAGAGGAUCGUGCCAUGUGUUUUACAUGUAAUGUAUGUCUUGUUUGUUGGGAAAAAACCGAUGAACCAUGGAGCGAACAUGAGCGGCAUUCGCCUAUGUGUCCGUUUGUAAAAGGCGAGUACACGCAAAACGUUCCAUUGUCUGUUACCUAUGCCACUAAUCCCGCAGUUAGGACAGCGGGAAUACUUGGUUUCGACGUCAUAUCUAACAGCGAUUAUGCAAAUGUUUUAUGCACUAGUUGUUCGCACACGGGUGACGUUACAAUUUGGAGCAUCGAACGUCAUUUGAAACAAAUGCAUUGCUUUAAUAUUGCUACACUGAUGAAAGACAUUAUAGGCAAUUCGGGAAAUUCAAACAUUGAAGAGUGCGAAAAUAAUUUUGAAUGGGUGCGUGUGACGGCUAUUUGUGUUCUGCCCAAUGCAAGGGCGCAAGGUCGACUGUAUGCUAUGAGUGCCGCUCAAAAUUUGGCAGGAAACGGAGGGGGAGGUGUAAAUGUUUCUAAUGCACCUCCAAUUACACCAUGCACGUCGACUUCAACUAUGCGAGCAGGCGUGGUUGGAUCUAAAUUAGUUCUCGGUUUAAGCACUCGGCAUACAUCAGGUGAACAUCUAUUGCGAAUGGUAGUCUUAAAUAUAGUGGAGAGCGAACGUUCUACGGAGACCGUAGGCAGCGGCGAUGGUGUUAUUACCGAGCUCAAUAAUCAAAAAUCAGUUACAGGUAGCGGUAUUGGAGGUAACAACAGCAAACGGGGUGAUGGCACUGCAGGCGAAAAUCGUGAUGAUAAUAAAUCACAUACUUCUACGAUGUUCGAGAAAUAUGCCGACAGUUUCGAUAGUAAUGGCUUUGUGCCUAUGUCAAAGAAAACAAAUACUGGCGCAGGGGCAUCCGGUGAUAAAUCUGAUGCAGCGAUCGAAUACAUCGAUUUUGAGGAGAACUUUAAAAAAAUAAAUCACUUUUGCGAAUUGACAGUUUUCAAUUUAAUUGAAAACAAUGCUGACACAUCUGUCUCUGGUGGAGGAGGGGGUGGCGGUAGCAGUAUACCUUCUGAUGAUACCGAAAUGGAGGUUUCGUACAUCAAGAAGAAGUGGAUGGAAAGUAUGUCCGCCAACAAGCAAAAAAAUAAUUAUGUUUCGGUGAAUAACAACAAUCAAAAUAGCGGCAACCAUGCUAGUAUGGACGCAAAUGCUUCUAAGUUGGUAGUAAAUGACGAAAUUGAUUGUGUAGUAGAAAGUUGUACCAUACUUAAACGAAUGAAUGCAUUAACUGACGAUGAUACCUUCGGAAGGCAACAGGAUCUAGUAGAGAUUGAUGAAAUAAUGCCAACCAAUGGUUUUUGCAACCAGUUGUUGGUCAAACUUGUAAAAAUGAAGGCUCCCAAAGAGGGCACGAACAAAAUUAUAAUGGCAAACGUUGAAAAUGACAACGAUGACUAUCAAAUGGAGGAUGAUAAAUGCCAAGAUCAAAUUGGUUGCUCAACAAUAGGUUGUCAACUUCUUCUGUUCGACUGUCUUGAUGGAAUUAUACCCAAUGAACAUAAAAGCGCUCUCUCGUUUAGUCGAACGAAAUGUCCCCAACAAUUAUGCGUGUUGCCCAAUUUUCCUCUAUUGGGCGCGGUUGAAUCAACGGGAAAUCAAGUUGUGUGUCAAACAUACGGCGCCUUGUGUGUUGUAUGCUUAGAUGGCACGAUCGAAAUUUAUUCAUUACAAGAUUUCCAAUGUAUUACCACAAUUAAGGAGCAAGAACAACACUUUAUUGCUGUCGCUUAUUGCCGAAGUUUAGAACGACUGUGCUGUUGCACUCGUCGUGGAACUCUAAUAUUCUACUCCCUUAAUGAUGCCGAUAACGAAUCUGGUGAUGAAAUGCUUGAUGCUGAUGACGAAAGCAAUAUAAAAAUUGGAAUACAGGAAUGUAAAUCCCUGGAGUGCGGGGAGUUAUCGGUAACUGAUGGUGGCAAAAAACAAUUGCUGCAGCAGCACCAAAAUGAACCAUCUAAUGAGUCGCAGACUCAUCUCCAUAACGUCACCAGCAUAAAGGUGGAUUGUAGUCCAUCAGGAUCGAAUGCGCAUUGUAGUGCGGUGCAGUCGUCGCCGUCCCCAUCAUCGUCAUCUAUGAAUGCUGCUGCCACAAAUCUUUUGGCUUAUCGUACUGGAGACUUAAAUUUAGACGAUCUCCGUACUUUAUAUUCCCUUACGCUUUUCGAUGAAAACCUUACUAUGUACGCGGCUGAAGUGCCCAGUUGUUGGAAUGAUUUAGUACAGGCACAAAAACAACGCAAGCAAACACAACAUAUGCGCGGAGAGGAUACGCAAUUCACGAAGACGUGGCGUCUACACAAUGAUACAACUACGUGGGAUGAACACAUCAUCGAAUUGAAUCUUUUGCAGCCAGUUAGUUUGGGCCAUAUUGAUUUAAAGUUUACCCUCUAUCAACAGUGUAAUAACCCGGCAGCCAUACAAGUAACUCUUCUUAAACAGAAUACGAGUGGAUUCGGCUAUCGCAUGAAGGGCCAACAUUCCAGUUUUAAACAUCAAUUAAUGGAGGAUGAAAAUGUUGAUGCUCCUCUGGGAAAUUUGGACGGAACCAAUGAGAAUCCCGUUUUGAAUGAGGAAUACCUGCAAACCCAUAACGCAGAGAUCUUGGCCGGACCUAUGGAGUUGUCGUCAUGUAUGGAUCUAGGCGAGCAGAGUGGAACUGUGACAUUAACAUCGCCUAAGUUGUUUAAAACACGCACGCGAAACUUUCUGUUGCAUAUCAAAACUAUGGCAGAUCCGUCAAAAGAGGUGCCGUCGAAAAAUCGGGGUAAGUAUGUUUGCCCGCCUUCAUGUGGAGCUAAUCGGUUUGAAUGUUUAAAAUUACCUGUUCGCAAGGGUGGCAUUAUGCGCUUAUUGUCAUCUUCAUUUGCUAAUAAUUUAUCAUCAGCAUCACAUUGUUUUGUUUUUAAAAAUCAAUCCAAUAAUACCACCAAGGUCAAUCCAAGCUCCACCACUUCUUUCUCUGCCACAACUACCACCACAACCAGCACCACUGCCACUUCAUUUCCUACGAAUACCUCAUCUAAACAAGCUCGUUAUGACUUUUACAUAGGUUGCGAUUGGUUACACGAAAUCUCCAUUUACGUGCGCGGUGUUAAGUUGCAAAAUAAAAUUCCAAACGAGCGUUUACAACGCAUUGCAAUGCUAGAAAGUAAUCAAUUGCUGGAAAAUUUAUUUAAAAUUGUCAGUGAAGAACACUCGUCAAAUCUUGCCAAGAACCUGUCUUUGGACAUUCUCAUUUGGAUUUGUUGCAUUCGUCUGAAACGCUAUCGUUCUCCAAAAUCGGAACGCAUUAAGACACAAAUUACUAAACAAACCGCUGCAAAUUACACAGAUCUUCUAGCCCAGCAAUUUGAGUGCAUAUGCCUGACAGAGAAGUAUUUGGAGGAUACAUUACGCCAAUGUAUUAUACGCGGUGAUAGGAGUCUGGCUCAUAAAUGUCUAAAAUUAGUUGUAUUACUUACUGAUGGUAUCUGUAAUCUUCCUACUGAAAUUCAAGCUCAUACCACCUUAGACGUAGCCAUGAGAGAUGCUAUUGCGAAUACUUUUAACGAAUUACCUUUGGCUAAGUAUGCUAGUGUGGUGUCUUGGUAUGCAACGUUAACUUGGGUUACGUCAACACUAAAAUGUUAUCACGGUAUUCCUGAACUUUGCAUUAAACUCCUGACUGAAAUCUCUCAAGAAAUGAAUAAGCGCUGGGAUCCCUACGGAGCUCUUCUAGGAACUAGAUUUGGUCUUUACGGCUUUCCUUUUGAACCGGAAAUAUUUGAUUACGAUCUGACAAAUGUCAAUAAAAACAAUGUAAAUUUUUCAUCGAUUCUAACCACAAUUAUACGAACCAAUGCUGGAGUUUUUCAUGCAGGCGGAAUUGAUUUAAAAAAACUUUCUUCUAUUGACGGUGUUGACUUGCGAACUUUUCCACAAUUGAUUAGGUGUAAAAGUGUGAGCAAUCAAUUGCGGGGCUUGCUUGAGGUAGAGCAAUUGCAUUUCACUUGCACGGCAUCGUCAGAAGCUACCCGCAUAGAUAAUAUGGAUACUGUAUCUGCGAAUAGUUCCUCCAAUAUAAAUAUGGAAGAUUUGGUGGCAGCGCCGAUGCUCUCGAACUUGGUGGAUUUAUCUAAUACAGAAGAAGUAAACGAUCUAUUGAAUAACGUAAAAAAUAAUGUUAAUAAACUUGUGGAAAAACUCAAAUGGGAUAAGUCGAAGAAAAUGGAAUUGGAAAAAGUCGAAUUAAAGCCGAACGGCAUUGGUCCCGUAGAUGUGACACUAAUCAGCGGCACAGAAUCGUCGAAUAGUGCACCGGAGGAAAAAAUUAAAACUAAAUACACUAACAACUUGCCAAAAAUUAAAUUUAUCUAUGAAGGCGGUAAACAAACGAACGCAAAUGUUAUGCCAAGUGGCGCGAACACUAGCGAUGGUAACAAACUUGAACCAAUUCAGUCUGUAGACCCAAACGGUGUGUCCAACGGCGACAAUUCAAAUAACAACUGUAACAAUGUUUUCGCGUGGCAUAAACUGUUAACACCACCGCCAAAGCAGAUGGUAAUCAUAGAUCGGAUGCAUUCAGGCGCACGUCGCUACGUUGUACUCGAUUUUGGUUCGCCUGUCCUAUUAACGGAUCUUUUUAUACCAUCUUGCGAUGAUUUGGCUUCGCUGCAUAUUGACAUUUGGUGCUUCGAUGAAGAGACUGACAGUGUUCGCUUAGUUGUGGCUCCAGAUAUUGGUACUAAAACUUUGGUACUCAGCGAUCUACAGCCACCGCCUAUAUGUAGAUAUAUGAAAAUCACAAUUAUGGGACGCAUUGGCAUGUCCUCAACUAAGUGCAAAAUACCCAUCGGUUCUUUCUUUGGACAUGUAAUAGUUUUAGAAUCGGACGGUUACGCCGACCCACUGCUAAAUUAUAUGAAAUAUCCGCCACAAAAUAUACAGGCCCAAAUAAAGGCCCUUACCUCACUUUAUGAAGAUGUUCACUGCCGCUAUAGCUUAGCAAGUUGCAAACUUUUAGAUUUAUUGACGCCUUUGCUUAACUCGGAAAUGACAAACGCUGCUCACAUGCAAGCUUUUAUUAAUAAGCAACGUGAUGACGAUGUUACUAUAUUGGAUAAUAGCAAAAUCACCUGCAUCUAUGAGGAAUGUAUCAUGCUGCAGCAUCAAAUUUACGUAAUUCAAAAUGUAAUCAAUCGCCUAGAGGUCUCGUUACAGAUUGCAUCUCCUGUACCGCCUAUUUCCACAAUGCAGGCUUUGCAGGUAGCUUCGCGGGAUAAAUUACGAGUGCUUGGGCAAACUCUGGUCGAAAUGUUACUUAACUUUUCAAUCGAGUAUAAUUUUAAAGAUAUGACGUCAUUACAUCAAUAUUUUACUAUGGAAGUGGCUAAUAUGCUCUUUGAUACCUUGGUAGUGUACGGUGAUGCCCACAUACAAUUAGCUACAUGCUCCUUAUUGGUACGAACGUGUUGUUUUCAAAACUGGUGGGGGGACUUCCUCGCAGAUAUAUUUUGCAAAUUAUUUUCUUCCCAAAAUACGAAAAUUUUCCCUCAAGAUCGGAUAUUUUUUAUGUUGACGUACUUGGGAAGACGAAGCAUUGCUAUGGGAACGUGCCGAUCAAUAGUUAUAGAUGCGAUAUUAAAAACGUUAGCUAAAUUAUUGGCACCUAUUUCGCCUCACUAUCAAGAAGCAUCUGAAGUCGGUUUAUAUCCAGUUAAUAAUGAGUCAUCCAGCGGCGGUUUGUGGUCAAAAUCUGAUUUACAAUUAAUUUCGUGGCUUUUACUAUUUCUCUCGGUGUGCCUGGAUGAUAGCAACGAUCGCAAGGAUAAAUCUGUAAACCGUUGGGAAUUCAUGAGUUGUGAUUCAGAAUUUUCAAAGCCUCGAACACAAUCGUCUAACGGUGGUGGCAAACAACUGCGAUGUUUUAAAAAGAGAAUAGUGCAGCAAAGUAAAUAUAGCCUUCAACCUUACACUGAUUGGGGAAAGAAAAUCUAUAUGAUACAAAAUGAGCAUCCGGGAAUUUUUAUGGAACUGACUGGGAAACCGAAGCCGGCAAAUAAAUCCAAUAGAAAUGUUCUCCUACCUAAACUAAGCAAAGAUACUAUACAAGAAUGUGAAAAUAAUUUCGACAAAGGCUUAAAAACAAUACGACUAAAUAAUAUUUUAAUUGUUAUUCGCGGUCUAGUGGCUUUAUUGCUUGAAAUGGAUUUUACUUGCAACAUGGAUCAAUUCUUACUCACUAGCAAAGUAAUUGCUCGCCUAGUGUCGGCGUGCCGUCCAGCGGUUCAACUUUCAAAAAUUAUAACCAUUAAUCAACUAGAGCAAUUAAUACGUCUGGCUGUCUGGAACGAUCAACAUCAACCCUGGGCUGUUCACGCCAUAACUUGUUUGUUACAGGAUCUCUUGGACGCUGACAAACACUUUAAAGAUAACGACACCACACCCACAAAUGAUACCGUUCGUCCUAUGGAAGGAAUGCAUGAGACCAAAGAUUUAUUCGUGGACUACACGUCUCCCUACUUAUCGCAACCAUUGACUUCAAGCCAAAUCAACAGCAACGAUGUACAAUACACCGAUGGAGUGAAGUAUCCGUAUUUACCGUCAUUGAUUGAAUGUGAAGACACAGAGUUCGACGAGAUACUAAAUGAUAUCGAUAUUACAGAGCGCAGUAAACCGGUUGCGAGGAAAGAAAACUCGAACAAUAAGAAUACUUUCAAUUUUUUCUGCAAGUCAUUAUCUGGCGCUAUGGAUGCCCGUUUAGAUAUUGGCCUAAAUUUGCAUGUGGAAAUGGAUUUACGUCGUAUAACCGUAGUGUCGUCUCUGGAUAUGUUCUCUUCGUUGCCACAAAUCAUGACGAAUGAUGUUAUUACAAACGCGGCAGAGGCGACAGUUUGGCCGGAAUAUCUUACCAAUAUUUGGUCAGGGCCUGAAUACAAUUGCGGCCUAAAUACGUACAAUAUGUUCAAGAAUGUCUUUGAUUGCAUAUUAUCUGAUUUGCAUUUGCAAGAGACAUGGGUUCAUUUGGAACAAGUAUUGCAAAUGUGGCUGACACUAAACGGAGAAUUGGCCGAUAAGUCGUUUAAUACGGGCAUUACAAAUGCUGAUGUACCAAAGAUACCAUUUGGUGCGAAUGCCGUGCAAGGGCUAUUGCUGGCUUUAGCUUGGCAUAAUGAUGUAAAGUUGCGUACCUGGUGCUUAGGUUUUCAAUGUCUGUUAUUGGCAUGUAAUUCCCAAUUUAUUGGUGAAGAAGAGGUGGCCGACACAACGCGCAUCAAUGAGGUUAUUAUCAAUGAUGAGAAUUUUGAAAAAAUGCUUCUUCGCUUCUUUUCUGGUUAUGGAAUGAGUUCGGCUAUAAUUACAAAUCGUUGUGCAGGACCAACAAUAUGCAAACACCUUCAUGAACUGCUCCAUUGGUUGCAUCGAAAGGGCGAAACAAAUGAUGACGUAAUUUCAUGUAAACGUAAGCUCAAAGAUACCUUAUUGCACGUUGUUCUUCAAUUGAUUCAACCUGGAGGAGCGAUCAGCAAUCAACUGGGUCCGAUUGAUGCUCAAAGCCAACUUGUGCGAGACUUAUUAACAAUGCCAAAUGACAAAGCAGAUUUGAAUGUAUCGCUGCAUAUUAUUGAGUGCGUAUCUUUUCUUGUGUUUAACAACAUUUCGAAUGGUGACAAACUACAGUGCCAAAGAAUUUCAGAUGCUAACAAUGCUUCCAAUACAUUUAGUAGCCUUUUUGCCAAUGUUUUGGGAUCCGAUCAUGCCAAACAUAAUACAUCAAUAUCCGACAAUUCGCUAAUUAUCAGUUUGCUUAAACUGUGCUCAUCAUUAAUACAAACUGAACUUCCUCGGCAAUUAAGCGAUGUCACAAUUCCCGAAGAAGAAGAGCUUUCAACAGAAAGCCAAACAGAUGAAAUAAAGGCUGAACAGUUAAAUAUCGAAGGACAUCGCAUUAAGACACCUUGCAUAGCAGAUACAGUCCUGCGGCAUUUUCCAACUAUGAAACGAUUGCUGGGUUCUUUAUCUCAUUGUUCAAGCAACUCUUUUACUUUGAUGGUGUCGUCGGCUCUAUAUAGCGUCAAGCCAACCGAUUCGAAUUUCUUUCUGGAAGAACCGCAAACAACAGCAGACGCGGUUUUUAAUAUGCUUAUUACAUUAUGCGAGAAAGUUUCGAAUUCUCGCUUGAUUGUAGCGCCUAUAUGUCAAUACCUUGAAUCAAGCAUUCAACACCGCAACGCAUUACCACGUUUGCACUUAUCGGAGCCACUAUUGUGGUAUAUUUCAAAGGUAUUAGAGGUUCCUUCAGCAGUGCAAAUAUUUACUCAGUUAGGUGGAAUUAAGAUCAUUUGCAAGAAUUUAGUAAAUUUGAACAAAUCACUCAUUAAUAUGCAACCCGGACUGAUUUCGUUAAUAAUGCAGCAUAUUACAAGAGACACAAAACUUAAAAUGGUCUUUCAUACGUCGAGCAAUAAUAAUGUUAAGAAAAAUUCAGGGGGUAGCGCUCAAGCGCAACGCCAUUUAAAAGAUGGUCUUAUCAAUUUUGCUCCUUUCUGUGCAAUAUCCGCCGAGAACGAGACUGCACAAUCCGCUGAUGUACUCAUCUCCAAUCCAGUGGCAACGCAUCGUCGACCACGCACACCGGCUUGGAGUUACAUGUUCUAUCCUAACGAGUCGCAUGCAGAUUUAACGAUUACUCUUCCCACUGCCAUUUUAUUACGCGAGGUUCAAUUGCAACCUCAUGCUCCUACUUUAGCUUCGUGUCCAUCGGCAGUAGCUUUGGAAAUUUCUAGAGAUUUCGGUUUGGGACCCGUACCCGUUGGUCCGCCUCUUACGACAACCGGUAUGACAUGUAUACGCCUUAAAUUGGCCAAACCUGAAAUAGCUACGAGUGUGAUACUCAGAUUGUACAGGCCAAAAGAUAGUCCAAGCAUUGGUCUAACUCAAAUUGCGGUUUUAGGCAACACAAUAUUUGGAUCGACAGCAACGGGAUCUGCAGUGAGCAGUGGUAGCGCGGGCACAAUUAAUCCAACAAACUUUAAUUUUGAAUCCAGUGUUGAUGAUGAUACCUUCGCCAAGACAAGUGUGGGAUGGGUUCGCAUAUUAUCACGAUGCUUUACAGCAGCUUCUUUAACUCCACCCGAUUCAAAAUUGGCUGCAGAUGUAAUUGGUGCUUCAGCAGCUUAUCCCGGCUUCCUGGAAGCGUGUUGUUCGCUAAUGAAUAUAAUGCCAAUGAUUCCAAAUUCCACAGUCCAAAAUCUUGAAACCGUUCUUCUAAAGUUGGGUGCAUACAGUCGUGAUUUGUGUUUAUCUUUGAUACACGUUUUACUUUGGGGGACAACACCUCAAGCCUACAAACUUUCUAAUGACAGCAUUUGUGAUUUACUUUAUAAUCUUUGUACCGCUAAAGAUAUAUACACGUUGGAUAAAGUGCAAGUAUUACUUGAGUGGAUAGUAAAACUAAGACAAAACUAUAGCACUAACAUUGUACGUUGUAAUAAUCCUCAAAGCGGCUUCAUUAAGUGCAUUGCCUCAAUAUUGUGGCAUGUUCACGCUGAAGGUCAAGCCAAUCUUCAAGAAUAUCUAACUUCCGAUAUAUUUGAUGCUUGUGUGUAUUGGAUUGAUUGUUUGGCAAAUGAGGAGCCUUUAAAAAUUUCAUUCGAUACUUUAAUUUGCUCACUUUGUUUCAUUAAACCGCCGCUCUUCGAUCGCCUUUUGCAAAAAUGGAAUGUCAUACUACCGCAAACCGAAAUGAAAACAACUGAAGAUAUCGAAAUGCAGUUAAAGAGCGGUCUGACUGAUGACAGCAAAGAAGCUAGCGGUAGUGUAUGGUUUGCCAAUUCUGUUGACAGAUUGUCGACAUUACUUCAGCGGCCAUCACAUUUGGCCACAAUUGCGAUAGCGUGCCAAUCGCCAAAUGUUGUGUAUCAAUUGGUGGAUUCUGACUUACCAAAACUUUUGGCCUAUGCUCUCUAUGAAUAUUGUUCAACAUUAAACGCCAUAGAGCAACAGUCGCAACCACAACCACAACCACAACCACAACCACAACCGCAAGCUGUAGAGUUGCCGGCAGUCCAUUUCCAAAUGUUUAAUGACUGCCUCACCGACGCCGAUAAGGUAGCCGAAGACAAUAUUGAGAGUAUGCAGACCGAUGUAGAAAAUGCUUAUCAACCGCCAUUGCUAAAAUCACAUUUAGUUCCUAAAAUAUUGGACUUCUUUUCGGAAUGCUGCGCUGAAGGGCAUAUGCGUGAUUGGCUUGGGACGAAGCAAGGUUCCAUAUUUUGGAAAUCGUUAUUGACAUUACUUUGCAAUCGUCGCUCGCUAGAAUUUGCCAAUAAUGGCGGCGCGCAAAAUACUCCAAUGGAACCAUUGCAACAAACAUUUAUACGUAUCGAACGCGCGACCAUAAAUUUCUUUACACGCGUCACGACUUGCCAUCCUAAAAAUCAGGACAUAUUGACUAUGCUUCUUAUCGAGGUCAUUCAGCAACCGCCUCCCAUUUCCAGUAUGCCUUUUAAUGAUCGGUCCUCGAAGGUGGCUAUAUCCGGUUUUACGCGUCAAUUCGUUCUACAAUUAUUGCUUGAAAAUGAACGUAUUCUGGUUUCGGUGCGCAGCAAACAACCUCUUCAGAAAAGGGAUCCAUAUGCGGCCGCGCUACCAUCAUCUGGGCCUUUGCAAUCUAACUCAACCGUUGCUUCAAACGGUGUAUCAAUGGCUUUAGUAAAUCAUCAUCCCUCAAAACGCAUAAGUACGCAUCAUCUACUCUUCUCUGUCAGUACGAACAGCAAAUGUCAAGAUAUUCUGCAAAACUGUGUAUCUGAAGCGCGUCACAAUGAAAGCACAAGUACACCAAUUACCACACCAAUAUUGUCAGGUGGAUUAACUGGCGAUUUGCUGAAGCAACACUUUGAGGGUGGGAAGACGCAUAGCGAUGCAUACGGAGAUAUAGCGAUCAACUUUAAUGGUUUAGAAAAUGGUAUGGAAUUUUUGAGUGUUGCUGCCGGGGUCACUGCUAAAGAUAAACGUAUCAAGGAUGCAAAGAAUCAAGCAGCUGCUCAUAAAGAUAAUAAAGAACUCUUUCCCAAUCUUUCAAAAUUCAUGGUACUAGAGGAUUUCCUUACAUCGUCGAAUUCCUCAAGUGUGACUAGUAACGUUCAACUGAUACAUCCGGAUUAUCCGGAUAUAUUGAUUUCGAGUGACACAACAAUUUCGCAGUUACUUGCCACGCUACAAACUAAAGGCCAUUCUUUGUCUACGCCUUGCAUUUCCCUAACGUUGGUGCCCGUCAGUAAAGUCAACACCGAGGAAAACGAUGACUCAUCGAAAGUAAAGGCAGUUAAUAUGGAGCCUUUGUCGUCGCCUUUACAGCGAUUUUCUAGUCGCGGUGGAUUAUCGUUAUUGGCUCUAUAUUUGCCGACUGUUUAUACUGAUAGUGCUGCACGUAAAUCGCAAAAUCCUAUUCCGGAAAAAGAGAAAAGUCCUCCAAUGACGGAUUGGGUUAAACUGGAACCCAACGAUGAUAUCUAUGAAGAUCUCGAGGACUCAUUAACUGAACCGACAUCUAAGCAUGUUGUUAUCACUUCCGUACCGCAGCAUUCGUUAGCGGCGUUUGGUCUCUUUUUACGUUUACCUGCGUAUUCUGAUGUGCUAUUACGUGAUAAAUUGAAAGCUCAAUGUCUACUCCGUUUGGUUCUGGGCGUUACUGGCGAUGGGGAAGGAAAUGAUAUUUACAGCUUGUGCUUGGCCCCAUCUUUGCCAACGAUGCCAUUUGAAGUGUUUCGCCAAUUAUUGGACGGCUGCCCGCUAACCACCGAUGAUGGUAUGCUGCUACGUCGUAUGGUAAUUGAAGUCGGAGCAAUGCAUUUACUGCUGAAUUGUUUGGGUGUGUUUACUCAUCAAUCACCUAACUAUCAGUUAAUUAGUCCUCAAACCGAGGUAUCCAACGGAGGCUUGAAAAAUUCUGUUAGUAAUGUCGAUGACGCUUCAUUGCCUACUUCCGACGAUAAAAGCCAUAUUUAUUGGGCUAAAGGAACUGGAUUUGGUACUGGCUCAACUACGCAAUCUUGGAAUGUGGAGCAGGCGUUGCUUCGACAAAAGAGUGAAGAAGAACAUGUUACAGUCUUGUUACAGGUUCUCUCGAGUUAUGUAAAUCCAGGCGAUCGAAUACCAACGUCUCUCUUAGUCGAAGAAAUAAUGCCACCUCAGGAGAUAAAUGAAUUGGGUGGCGAGUUGCCUAACCAGUUUCUUCAGCUACUGCAGCAGUCCUGCUUAAUUCCGGCAUUAAGUUCCUAUUUACGCAAUGACUCUGUUCUUGACAUCACUAGGCACAUUCCGUUGUACCGGGCCAUUCUACAGUUGUUGCGAGCUUUGUCCCUUUCCCAACAACUAACAUCUCUGCUUCAACCCCAGCCAAGCAAAAGUUCUCCUUCGAUUGCCGAGCUGCUUGUUAACAUGAAAACUUGUGUGGACACAUAUGCUAAACGUUUAAAACUGAACAAAAAGUCAAACAUUAAAGGUCAAACGCAACAGGUCACUGUUAACAUUGACGAUGGGGAUGAUGAGGGUUUGGCUUUACUCAUCCCCGAUAUACAAGAGACAACAGCUUUAGUACAGAAAGCAACUAACGUCAUAGGUCCUAUGGAAGGGCAUUCGCGAGGCGCAGACAAAGACGGAAGAAUAUUGAAUAAUGGUAGAUCUCUGCAAAGCCAAUCGGUCGAAGAACGCUAUUUAGAAGUGAUGAAGAAGCUGCAAUUUGAUACAUAUGACAUGAUUGUUGAGGCCGAGAAUAGUGGUUAUCGGUUUACGGUCUCUCAUCAUUUUGAAAAAAUGGUGAGGCUAGCUGGUGAUCGCUAUCAUCCUUCCCGUGUUAAACGCCUGGCUCAAGAAGCCGUUACGCUAUCCACUAGUUUGCCAUUGUCAUUUAGUAGUUCAGUUUUUGUUCGCUGUGAUACGGAUCGUUUAGAUGUCAUGAAGGUUCUUAUUACUGGUCCUGCCGAUACACCUUACGCUAACGGUUGCUUCGAAUUCGACGUUUUCUUUCCGCCUGACUAUCCAAAUCAACCGAUGCAAAUAAAUUUAGAAACAACCGGACGUCAUUCAGUUCGCUUUAAUCCCAAUUUAUAUAACGACGGCAAGGUGUGCUUGUCCGUAUUAAACACGUGGCACGGACGUCCUGAGGAAAAGUGGAACGCGCAAACAUCAAGUUUUUUGCAAGUAUUGGUCUCUAUACAAUCGUUGAUUUUGGUGCCCGAGCCUUACUUUAACGAGCCCGGGUUCGAACGCAGCCGCGGUACACCGAGCGGUACUCAUUCGUCGCGUGAAUACAACAGCAACAUUUAUCAGGCCUGCGUACGUUGGGCUAUGCUGGAGCAGAUUCGAAAUCCCAGUCCAUGUUUUAAGGAUGUGAUUCACACGCAUUUUUGGCUUAAACGAAAUGAAAUCUGCACUCAAAUCGAAAAUUGGAUUGAGGAGCUGAGUAAACCUCAAUAUAGUGAACGCAACAGCCGUACGAUUUCGUUUAAUUCAAUGGUCUUGCGACGACAAUAUCGACACUUACGGGAAGAAUUAGCUAAAUUGACAAUUCCCGACGGACUUGAAGAUUUAGACUCACCUUUCAAUCCAAACGUGACCUUACCAACAAUGGGAGAGAAUACGGCGGGUGGUAACAGUAACAGCGAUAUUAUUGUCACCGAAUCGACUAUCGUUAACACGCCCACAGCAGUAAGUAACGGUAGCAAUAAUAAUAACGAGAGUGACUCUCUCGAAAAGAUCAUAACGAGCGCGAUAAGCGAUGACAGUGUCUCUUCGAUGCCAUCUCAGUCUUCUGCGCCAGUCAAUGGCACUACAAAGGGUACGACUGUAGAUGAGCCCUCAUCUAGCGAUAUUGCGGAAAUUAACGAAGAUUCGUAUGAUUUUGAAGAAGCUGUUGAAAACUGUAAAUAUUGGUGGUGAUGCUAUAGCCAUACAUCGAUGGUUUGACUGAAACGCGCAUUAAAACAGUUGUCAAUUUUGUCGUAAAAACCCUUGCAAAUAGUCAGCAGAAUAUCUGCUUUAAAUCGUAUACAUAUUCUAAUAAGAUCAAGAUCAGUCUGGUUUUGAAGAUCUGUUGCAAAAUGCAAUAAAUGUGAAAUGAAAUGAAAACAAUAACGAACUCGCCCUCUUGUAACCGCAUACAUGCAUUCAUACAUACAUACAUAUAUUGUCCGCAUAAUCACACAAGUGCACAUUUAUAUAUACAUUUAUUGUUUAAACAUUGCCCCAAGUAAUCUGUGCGCAUGUACUUUCCACAUUACAUAUAUAUUCAAAUUGUAGACUUUUUAAAUGUUUAAGCUGUUGGUAUUCAUAUUAUUUUAUACGUAAUUCUACAUACAAUAUAUGCCGUUUGUUUUUAGUUUCAUACAUACAGCAAUGCAUAUCUAUAUAUGUGUAUGUAAUUGUGUAUGUAUUCGUUAACCAUUAAGAACAGAAGGGUAAACUAUAUUACUCAACUCGAUAGGUUCAUGAAUUUUUGUGUGCGUCUGUAUAUAUAUAUAUAUGUGUGUGUGUAUGUGUGUGUGUAUGUGUAUUUGUAUGUGUAUGUGAGAGUGUCUAUAUGUGUUAACAUUCAAUCCCGAUUACACAAAUUAUCUGCAAAUAAAAUAAAUUUAUAUCAGUAUGUAUAUCGAAAAUAAAACAAAAAA